AUGUCGAGUACUGUCAAUUCGGAGACACAAACAUACAUCGUCGUACUGAAGGACGGUAUAUCUACACAAACCUUUCUCGCCUCGCUGCACGCCCAUUCUGAAUCAUUCAAGACUUUCUCUGCGGACGCCGUGCACACGUACGAGGAUGUCCUGAACGGGUUUUGCGGAACGUUCAAUCAAAACCAAGCCGAAGCAUUUGAAGCACACCCUGAUGUCAAGUACAUCGAAAAGGAUGCCGUGGGUGAGAUCUUCGCCCAACAAAAUAAUGCCCCUUGGGGCUUGGGGCGGCUCAGCCGUAUUUCUCCAUUUCCGAUAUCAACAAAACCUUUACCCAACAAAUUUUUCUACUUUUACGAUUAUCCGGCAGGUAAAGGGGUGGACAUAUACAUUGUUGAUACAGGGAUUGACACAAGUCAUCCAUCCUUCGAGAAACGUGCUUUGUGGGGGAAAACAUUUGCAGGAACUCCCAACAAGGAUCUCAAUGGUCAUGGAACCCAUGUCGCAGGGACAGCAAUUUCUAAGCUGUACGGUGUUGCGAAGACGGCAACAGCGAUUGCUGUGAAGAUCGGAGACGAUGGCAUACGUGCAUUAGAUUGGAUUAUUUCAAGCGUUAGAAACACAAAGAGACCGAGUGUUGUCAAUUUGAGCAUCGGUGCGGCACAGUCCCGAGCCAUCGACGACUCAGUAGAAAAGCUUUUCAGGGCCAAAAUACCUGUCGUAGCAGCCGCUGGAAACUCGAACAAGGACGCAAAAACCAUCAGCCCCGCACGCUCGCCGUUCGCAAUCACCGUAGGUGCAUCUAACAUUCAAGAUAAGAGAUAUACCUUGUCGAAUUAUGGGAGUGUUGUCAAUGUAUUUGCUCCUGGCAGCACCACAUAUAUCUGGCCUCCUCGCGUGUUUGAUUUCACCGGAAUCAAAUAUACCUUUAAACUUUUGGGCCAAAAAACGGUAGAAGGAGAAGCAGACGACAAUUCAACAUGUACCGAAGACGCACCCGACAACACCAAACAUGAUGUGAUUGGAGAAGCUUAA